AUGAAGAUUUACAGCAUUUACAUCCUCAACAAAGCAGGAGGUUUGAUCUACCAAGCUGAUCUAAAUCCUGGCCUUUCGAAACUCUCAGUCAACGACUAUUUGGUGUUGGCAGGUACUUUACAUGGUGUACAUGCUAUUGCUACGCGAUUGCGUCCAGAAGAAGCUCAGAGUACCCAUGAUGAUCCAGCUACUAUCAAUUCGUCCAUUAUUUCUACUGGCAAGGCAAACACUCCUGAUUCCAACCGGCUGGGACUUCAGAGCAUCGAAACAGAUUACUUCAGUCUGUAUGUUUUCCAGACAUUGACAGGAAUCAAGUUUUUUAUUAUCACAUCUCCCGCUAAACCUGUGGACCAGGUUGCGCCCGCAAGUUCGUCGGAUCGAAGUUUGAAGAAGCAAUUAGACGUUGCCAGUGAUAUUUUCAAGAAGAUAUAUUUGUACUACUGUGAUUAUGUGAUGAAGGAUCCAUUCUACUCUCUUGAUAUGCCGAUCAAGAGUCCAGUAUUCGAGGCUAAGGUCAAGGGUCUAGCCAAAGCCUGA